GUCAUCAAACUACGACCGGAAGCAUCCCGAAGACGUCUUCUUUGUGAGACAGUUGUUUACAUCAUGGCGGCGGUGGAUUUCAGAGACAACCUUCUUGGGAUAUCCUGGGUGGACAGCGGCUGGGUGCCGAUUCUGAACCCUGGAAAUGUACUGGACUACUUCUCUGAGAGAAGUAACCCCUUCUAUGACCGAACCUGUAACAAUGAGGUAGUGAAGAUGCAGCGGCUUACUCUGGAACAUCUAAAUCAGAUGGUAGGAGUGGAGUACAUUCUUCUUCAUGCUCAGGAACCAAUUCUUUAUAUAAUCCGGAAACAACAGAGGCAGUCACCAACACAAGUGAUUCCCUUGGCUGACUACUACAUCAUAGCAGGAGUGGUGUAUCAGGCCCCAGACCUGGGAACAGUUAUCAGCUCCAGAGCGCUUUCUGCUGUCCAUGGAAUCCAGUCUGCUUUUGACGAAGCCAUGUCAUAUUGCCGCUAUCACCCAUCCAAAGGAUACUGGUGGCACUUCAAGGACCAGGAGGAGAGAGGUCAGGAAAAAGCCAAACCCAAGUCUAAGAAGAAAGAGGAACCAAGUUCAUUGUUUCAGAGGCACCGUGUUGACACACUCCUUUUGGACCUCAGGUCAAAGUUUCCCCCAACAUUUUACCAGCCUAAGCCUGGAGAGAAGCCGAUUCCAGUUGAGGUGAAGAAAGAGCCUGAACCCCCCACAGAGGCUGUUAAACAAGAGGAAAGGGAACCAGCCACAAAGUCCUCCGCCCCAGCUCCACCAAGCAAACCGCCUCCUGAGAAGAGAGCAAGACUACAGUGAGAACCGUCAUUCUUCUCACACUGUGGGAAGAUGGAGCAAGGAAAUGUAAAGUCCUACAGCACUAACUGAACAAACAGCUCGGAAGUAUUUUUGUUCCCCCUCCAAAUGUCUGCCACUCUGCUUAUUUGAUGAGUUUACAGGAGGCUAAGAAUGAACUGGCACAAAACGUGUCAGUUGCUUGUCUCGGUGCCAGAACUACUUUUACACUGUAACCUUAGUCGUGUGCACGUGAUGGGUUUGACAUCAUGGACAUUCCCAGCAGCUGUACUACCAGCAGGGGUUAACUGCUUGAUGUCAGCAGGCAUUUAGCAGUUUUUACUUAGGAUGACGUUGACUUUUUUUCUGACAAUAAGCUGACAUCAGCGUCAGUGUCGGUUUACGGCUGACAUCAGCAUAACGCUUGUGUUGUAGUGACUUCAGAGGGCAGUUUAAUUCCUUGUCUGCUUUGUAUGGUGAUGUGUCAUAAUGCAUCAUCUCAUCUGAAAAGCAACUUCUCAUUUCAAACACUUUCAUUGUUUUGUUUUUUGUAAGGAAUACUUUUUGGUGUUUUUCUAUUAAAAUGUAAGAGCUACUUUGUCUAUAAUGUUUGUUAAUGAUUGUUGACAUUCAAUAGUCUCAAGUUUUGCCGAUCCCAGUGUUUACUCAUGAUCUGAACAAAACAUCCUUUAAUAUACUCCUGUAUUUAAA